CACCCCACGAACUCUCCACUGGCUAGAUCGAGAAAAACAUCCAGGAAGCGGACCAUCUCGGCAUGCUGAAGUUUAGUGGGCACGUUCUCUGGAACUUCUUGUAGCGAGCCCCAGACGUGGUUGCGAGCGAGCCAUCAUGGCGAUAUCAUCAGCAUCUGACUUAGAGCCCGUCACGGUCAUCGGCAACAGGCUCAAUGCACUCCUCGACCGCGCAAGACAGGAAAAGCCGGAGUCUACCGUCGAGCCAGCAUUGCAACUCUCGAGUUUCAGCAAUGAGGUCGCCGCGUUACACGAUGGGCUUGACGCAAAGUACGACCAAGCGUAUAGAUUUUCGUGUGUAGAAACAGCCGCCCGGGAAGCCUUUUACUCGCUGGUUCAUUCUACAGACAUUCAGGAUCCCGCAUUUGGAGACGUCUGGAACUUGCUUGACAUUGUACUCAUGUGCGGUGACCAUGGCAAAUGCACACCUGAAUUGGUGUGCUGGCUUCUGGAGGAAUUGCUGGACAGCCAGACGACUGUUGGUUGCCGAACGGUUUUCGACUACUUGGACUCUCGGCGCGAGCGACUGGCACAGAAGGACUUUCACAAGAAGAAUCUCGUGUUCUUGAGGUCGUGCAACGAGCUUCUGAGACGAUUGAGUCGUGCCGAAGAUGCGAUCUUCUGUGGUCGGGUGUUUUUCUUCCUCUUCCAGACCUUUCCUCUGGGCGAUAAGAGUUCGGUCAACUUGCGAGGCGAAUUUCACGUUGAGAAUACCACAAAGUUCGAGGUCGAUGAAGCGGCUGGCGAGGAAAUGCAAGUCUAUCCCGAGCCUGUGGAGGCUGCUGCUGCUUCAAAAGAAAGCACGCCCGCUCCAACAAGCAAGCCAGGAAGCAAGGCCGUCCCUAUCAAGGCGCCAAAGAAGACUGCAGAGGAAGUCGUACUCACUACCAACGAGCUGUAUCCAAUAUUCUGGAGACUACAGCAUGACUUCUCUGAUCCUACGCGGCUUUUCGAUCGAGGGAACUUCGAAUCCUUCAAGAAGGGGUUGGCAAACACUCUGCUCAAAUUCAAGAAAACUCCAACAGUGGUGCAGACGAAGGCUGGCGAGGAAGACAAGCGAGGAACAAAACGGAAACUUGAUGAGCAUGGCAACAGCGAGAGCAACAACCAUCUUCUGGACAAUUACAACCCCAAGUACUUGACUAGUCGCGAUUUGUUCGAUUUAGAGCUGAGCGAUCUUGCUUUCCAGCGCCAUAUCCUUGUGCAAGCCAUGAUCUUGAUCGACUUUCUCUUGUCGCUGACAGAGAAAGCCAAGAAGCGCUUGGCAAGCCUAACAGUGACAAACAAGUCGCUAUUGUACGCUUUCACAUUAAAUGAGGAAGACACACAGUGGGCGACGUCUACGAGGUCGGCCAUCCGAGAUGGACUUGAAUCGAGAGAUGAUGGAAGGCAGUACUGCCGUAUGGUCGAGACAGUAUUGAGUCGCGACAAAAAUUGGGUGCGCUGGAAGGUCGAAAGCUGCCCGUCCAUUGUGCGUGGACCGGUAAAUACGGAGGAAGAGCUACAAGCCAGGAAAGCAGUUGCGAGAGCCACACAACCGCGUCGUAUUCCCGAAAAUGCACAAAGCAAUAUCGACCUUGCUUUCCUCGAAGAAGGAACAGGCGGUGGUCUCGAUGCUCUGAAGGAUCCUUCCCGCUAUACAAUACCCUCCCUCGAGCAGCUUGUGGAUCAGAUCAAGAUGGAGAAGCUUGAUGCCGAGAUGGCAAUGACGGACGAGGAAAAGGCACAAAUCGACACCGCCAUCAUGAAUGCGAAAUGGCGCGCGCUCCGCCAGGCUCGUGCUGCCAACCUUGCGUUGCUCGACAAGGUGGAAAGCACUAAGGAUUUGGAAGACAUCCUGAGCGCGUCCGAGCCCGUGAACGAAAUUGAGGCCGCCGAGCCCAGCGUCGAAGAUACACUAGGUUCCGCAGACAGCGUCCCCGAAGAUCCAACAGCAGCAACUGGUACAGUAGCCGAGCCUGAGCACCUGCCGAGUGGAGAAGAGGAGGACAAAGUUAUGGAGGGAUUCGAAGCUUCGUAACGAUGCGCGGCUCUGUACCACUCUUCUCACCCCAGCUCAGGGCAUUCGAUUCCUCCGGGACGACAUGCCGACUGUGCGAGCCGGCUGAGCUAUGCAAAUUUCUGCCUGAAUCUAGACAGUACUGCUGCUUCCUUCUGCCGCCGCAGUGUUGCAUUUUAAGGUGAACGCGACAGGACUGCGCAGCCGCCACAUCGCUUUCUGGCGCUUGCAAGCCUCGAACGUUACAUUGCGGGCCUCUGCAGGAUGUCCGCUGCAGGUCGAUAGAUCACUGCCUUUUACACACAAAGCGCGCACGCGUACGCUUCUUGCACUCUCGUUGCAGUUGUGCAUCAAGCACGUCGACAUGACAAACAGUUGAGGUCGGCACCGAAGAGUGACGAUCAACUGCCUGAUACUUAGGGUCUUGAAGUGAGCAGGAGGCCAUAUUACGAUAUUGGGUUUGUGGUUGGUCGAUCAAGGCCAAUUCUUAGCAUACAUAGCCUCGGGGCAAUGCCCGCAUUCGGAAUGUGUGGUGUUGCUCAGCAAGACAUUGCAUCGUGCUUGCCGGUCCGUGGAUCCUUACGCUGGCGCGCAUCUUGUACAGCACAAUGUAUUCUCCCAGACUAAACUAAGCAGUAGCGAUCCAAGGCGAGUCAUCCUGAAUACGCAAGAUGUAUUUGAGAUCGAUCGCAUGACAAGUUAAGCUUCUUUUUAGAAGUUGUUUAGGCGAAGGCGAUGACCCGUGAGGUUGGGUUUUGACAGACGGGCGGGCCUGUGAAAGCCAAAGAUCGCUCCCGCCAGCCUUCUGCAUCUGCCAUCUGCAACGCCUGUAUCGGUUCUUGAGGAUGAGGCGUUGGACGUUGAAACGGCUACUAGUUUUCCGGGUAGGAUGGCGCUCCUGUGGGGUGCUAUCGUGCGAAGAGGCGCGAGGUGAGCUGGCCCGAUCGUCGCCCGGACUCUAUGUUGCUCUGAUCGUGAAGCUUCGAUAGAGGCUGCUAGAAGCCGUUACUAUUGUCAGAUGCCCAGCCUAUUCUCCUCCUGCUUCACACUGUCGUGCAGACGGGAAAGCCGCAGAGCUGGAGGUGGAAGAGCUGGCUCUUCUGACGUCUCUUCGUGUCGUGGGAUUUAAACUUCCGAAUCAACCAUGAAUAAUUGUCUACAAUCGCCAAUACUCUUGGCGUGCAUCUAACGAUCAGUGACCAACUGAAGUAUCGAAGACUGACCGCAAGAACCGGGAGCGUCGCCGCAUGUAGCAGGUCCAUGACCGUAUGUUGAAUUAUUUGUCAAUGCAAAGAGAGAUGAAGAAUCGUGAACCGGACUCCGACCUGGACUGGACAGACUCGUCGUGAAUGUGUGCUGUUCCCAACGAUGCGCAACGUUCUCAGCUCAUGAAUGCAUGCACCGCAGCCACAUUCCGGGGCCAGCGAGUGCGCGAAAGGCAUCAGCAACGCCUUUACCGCAACGAUCAGAGCGCCUCUCUAUCGAGACGCCUUUGCCAGCCUCUUUGGGUCGACGCAUCUUCCGGAAAGUUCCAAAUAGCGACGGAGCGAACCAGCAAAGUGUGGACAUCGUGAUAGGGCCGGGAGGAGCAGCGGUCGCUCUGGCGGUCGAAUAAGCGCUGGACAGUGGACAGCCGUCUGUGGUUGGUAUUAGAGUUAUGUCGUGCAGGGAAGAUCUUCAACAAGUCUCGCUUGCGGAGCUGUGAUAGUCGCGUCGCCAUUGUCCAGACACGUCCAAGCGGGCACUGAGCAAUAAUUGCCGGUGGAACAUUGCCCACGCGCGCGACACGACGUCUGGUGAGCGCGUGGGCGAGCGCACAGCGCGCAUGCGACGAGCACGUCGGGCGACUGUCGUUGGUUUUAGAGCAUGCGGCAUACCGCGCUGCCGGCGAGGCCCCCGUGGCAUCCUGGUCGGACAGUGCGGCGUCGCCAGGGGGCUGCCAGAGGAAAGAGGAAAGGGCAUUCCCGUCGACAGGCAGUCGGGCAAGCGCAGGCCUGUGCUCCUGCUCCCGAAAAGGUUUGUUGCUCCCCGAGAGUCAGAUGUGCGCAAUCAGCAAAACUCUGUCUGCACCGACGCCGAUGGACGACGUCUGCUCCUGGAC